UUCUUAAAUCUAAGAAAAUCCAAGUUUGCGUGAGGGAGAACCGAACCAAAAUGCCGAAUCUUACGAGUCCUAGAUUUAACCUCAAUUUUUUGGUGCCUCUCUUGGUCACUCUGGUCCAAAUCAACGCCAAGGUUCAAUGUUACCAAUACAAAGUUGGAGAUCUAGAUUCCUGGGGAAUCCCCACUUCAACAAAUAAUCAAGUCUACGACAAAUGGUCCAAAUAUCACAACCUCACCAUUGGUGACUCUCUCCUAUUUUUAUACCCACCAAGUCAAGAUUCAGUGAUUCAAGUAACAGCGGAAUCCUACAAGAGCUGCAACCUUAAAGAUCCGAUUUUGUACAUGAACAACGGCAACUCUUUGUUUAACAUUACAUCAGAGGGGGACAUGUAUUUUACGAGUGGAGAGGCUGGACAUUGCCAAAAGAACCAAAAGCUUCAUAUAACUGUGGGAGUUGGGGGAAACAACGCAAUUGCUUCAAAUUCAUUGCCUGAAUACGCACCCUCGUACCCAACUGUUUUUGGCAACAUUCCAAUGUCUCCUUCUUCCUCAUCUUGCAUAACUUCAAAAUUUUACCUCGUGAUUAUUGGAUUCUUCCUAUGUGCACUUUCUCUCUAGCCUAAUGUGACAUGCCAGGAAGUAAAGAUAUAUAACUUAGAAAUAUACACGAUUUUUUAGUUCUUUUUCUUUGUCCGCCCAAUGCAAUAUUAUGCAAGUAUUUAUUGAAUUUUCUAUCUUUUAA